AUGCUAUUUGAAUUUCAUCGAGUCCAAAACGCAAAGAAACCGGGAACAAUCCAUGCGACCUAUCUAAUUGCUGGCACCAAGAGAAAGCAAGCUCCCGUAGCGAUUGAAGUUGAGAAGGAUGGUGAAGAUUAUUACAUGCAGAGCAGUCCAUUUGUUGGUAGCUCAAUGCCACAAUCUGAGGGUGGUACAGGUCAAGGCUCCAUAUUGAGUAUAACACUGGCACGGGAGGAGGAUUUGGAAACCAUACGGGCACAAUUCGAACACAUUUCUUCGAUACAUAUCUACAGUUUAGGACCUCAUCCAUUAAAGGAGCUCCAACUACUCUCAGACUCAACCCGAGAAAUUCAAACCCUAUUAAAAUCCGAAGAUCCCUUGGAAUCUUACCAUAAAUACGGAAUAAUAACCAAUCCCAAUGCCAAACGCCGUACGCGAAAAGCACCGCCUAUUGCAGCUAAUGUACCAACGGCUGUUCCAACCAGGCCCGCGGCUGCCAAAUCUAGGCUCAACGAAGUUCAAGAACCUUCCAAAUCCUCCUCUUCAUACUCCAAAAAGCCGGAACCGAAAUCACAACCUUCCAACGCCAAAGAUUUCUUCGGCAAUAAGGGAAAAGAAAAGACCAAGAGCAGUACACAAGCUGAAUCCUCAAAAGCUGAAUCCACAACCGCGCCUUCAAGCAAAGAAUCAACGUCAGCACCUCCCGCGAAUCUGAAGCGCGAGUCAAGUAGCAUUUUCAAGGCAUUUGCAAAGACUCAACUCAAGAAGGCAAAAAUUGAUAAGACAGAUUCGAAUGCAAAAGAGGAGGAUACUCCUAUGAAAGAUGUCUCGGAUGAUGAUGAUGAUGACGAUACAUGGAUGCCAGCUCCUGUCACUGAGGAAACCAAAGCGAACGAACGAAGAUCCAGGAAAGAAUUACAAGAAAGAUUAAGGAAAAUGAUGGAAGACGAUGACGAAGAGGAGCAGGAAGGAGAAGCUGCACCCUCUCCUGCCCCUGAAACACCAAUGGAGGGACCAGAAGAAGAUAACGCACCAGAGGAAGCUAAUGAAGAAGAACCUAUUACAACUAGUAAUGGACGCAGAAGAGGCAGAAGAAGAAUUAUGAAGAAGAAAACCGUGAAGGAUGAAGAUGGUUAUUUAGUCACAAAACAAGAACAAGCCUGGGAGUCAUUUUCCGAAGACGAGCCUCUUUCGGUACCCAAAGCAAAACCUUCGGUUCCAACUACUUCGAAAGCAAAGAAAGAUGCACCCAAAAAAGGACAGGGAAGUAUUAUGUCGUUUUUUGGGAAGAAAUGA